AUGCUCCGCGCCCCCGCCGGCCCCCGGUGGCCGCCGCUCCUGCUGCUGCUGCUGCUACCGCUGCCGCCUCAGCUCGCCCGGGGCGCCCCGGCCCGGACCGCAGCUGGGGGUCAGGCCGCGGAGCUGGUGGUGCCCACGCGGUUGCCGGGCAGCGCCGGCGAGCUCGCGCUCCACCUGUCCGCCUUCGGCAAGGGCUUCGUGCUGCGCCUGGCGCCCGACGACAGCUUCCUGGCGCCCGAAUUCAAGAUCGAGCGUCUCGGGGGCUCUGGCCGGGCGGCCGGGGGCGAGCGGGAGUUGCGCGGCUGCUUCUUCUCGGGCACUGUGAAUGGGGAGCCCGAGUCGCUGGCGGCCGUCAGCCUGUGCCGCGGGCUGAGCGGCUCUUUCCUCCUGGACGGCGAGGAAUUCACCAUCCAGCCGCAGGGCGCUGGGGGCUCCCUGAGUCAGCCUCACCGCCUGCAGCGCUGGGGCUCCGGCGGGGACCUCGGGGCCUCCGGGCUCGCCUCUGAAGCCCGACCCCUUCCUCGAGGACCCGAGUGGGAGAUGGAGACAGGAGAGGGUCAGGGACAGGAGAGAGGAGACGAUCAGGGCGAGAAGAAAGAGGAGGAGGAGGAGGAGGAAGAGAGCGAAGAAGAGGCAGAAGGCGCCAGCGAGCUGCCACCACCCCUGGGGGCCACGAGCAGGACCAAGCGGUUUGUUUCUGAGGCUCGCUUCGUGGAAACGCUGCUGGUGGCCGAUGCGUCCAUGGCUGCCUUCUAUGGGGCCGACCUGCAGAACCACAUCCUCACGUUGAUGUCCGUGGCGGCCCAAAUCUACAAGCAUCCCAGCAUCAAAAACUCCAUCAACCUGAUGGUGGUGAAAGUGCUGAUAGUCGAGGAUGAAAGGUGGGGCCCAGAGGUGUCGGACAACGGGGGGCUUACACUGCGCAACUUCUGCAGCUGGCAGAGGCAAUUCAACCAGCCCAGUGACCGCCACCCAGAGCACUACGACACAGCCAUCCUGCUCACCAGACAGAACUUCUGCGGGAAGGAGGGGCUGUGUGACACCCUGGGAGUGGCAGACAUCGGCACCAUCUGUGACCCCAACAAGAGCUGCUCUGUGAUUGAGGAUGAGGGGCUCCAGGCAGCCCACACCCUGGCCCAUGAACUAGGACAUGUUCUCAGCAUGCCCCACGACGACUCUAAACCCUGCAUGAGGCUCUUUGGACCCAUGGGCAAGCACCACAUGAUGGCACCACUCUUCGUGCACUUGAACAAGACGCUGCCCUGGUCCCCCUGCAGUGCCAUGUACCUCACAGAGCUGCUGGACGGCGGGCACGGAGACUGUCUCCUAGACGCCCCCACCUCGGCCCUCCCCCUCCCCACAGACCUCCCGGGCCGCAGGGCCCUCUAUGAGCUGGACCGACAGUGUGAGCAGAUCUUUGGGCCAGGUUUCCGCCAUUGCCCCAACACCUCUGCACAGGACAUCUGCGCCCAGCUCUGGUGCCACACUGAUGGGGCUGAGCCCCUCUGCCACACCAAGAAUGGCAGCCUGCCCUGGGCCGACGGCACACCCUGUGGACCUGGACACCUGUGCCUGGAAGGCAGCUGUCUACCUGAGGAGGCCGUGGAGAGGCCCAAGGCCGUGGUAGAUGGAGGCUGGGCCCCGUGGGGACCCUGGGGAGAAUGCUCUCGGACCUGUGGAGGAGGAGUGCAGUUUUCACACCGUGAGUGCAAGGACCCUGAGCCUCAGAAUGGAGGAAGAUACUGCCUGGGGCGGAGAGCCAAGUACCAGUCAUGCCACACAGAGGAGUGCCCCCCUGAUGGGAAAAGCUUCAGGGAGCAGCAGUGUGAGAAGUACAAUGCUUACAACUACACCGACAUGGAUGGCAGCCUCCUGCAGUGGGUCCCCAAGUACGCAGGGGUGUCUCCCCGAGACCGCUGCAAGUUGUUCUGCCGAGCCCGGGGAAGGAGCGAAUUCAAAGUGUUUGAGGCCAAGGUGAUCGAUGGUACCCUGUGUGGGCCAGAGACUCUGGCCAUCUGCGUCCGGGGCCAGUGUGUCAAGGCUGGCUGUGACCACGUGGUGGACUCGCCUAGGAAGCUGGACAAAUGUGGGGUGUGUGGGGGCAAAGGCAACUCAUGCAGGAAAGUCUCCGGUUCCCUCAGCCCCUCCAGUUAUGGCUACAAUGACAUCGUCACCAUCCCAGCGGGUGCCACUAACAUUGACGUGAAGCAGCGGAGCCACCCCGGGGUCCAGAAUGACGGCAACUACCUCGCCCUGAAGACAGCUGAUGGCCACUACCUGCUCAACGGCAACCUGGCCAUCUCGGCCAUAGAGCAGGACAUCUUGGUGAAGGGGACCAUCCUGAAGUACAGCGGCUCCAUCGCCACCCUGGAGCGGCUGCAGAGCUUCCGGCCCCUCCCGGAGCCUCUGACGGUGCAGCUCCUAACAGUGCCCGGCGAGCUCUUCCCCCCCAAAGUCAAAUAUACCUUCUUUGUUCCUAACGACGUCGACACACAGAACAGCAAAGAGAAAGCAACCACCAACGUCAUCCAGCCGCUACUCCACACGCAGUGGGUGCUGGGGGACUGGUCUGAGUGCUCGGUCACCUGUGGGGCUGGCUGGCAGCGGCGAGCUGUGGACUGCAGGGACCCCUCAGGCGAGGCCUCCGCCGCCGCCUGCAACAAAGCUCUGAAACCUGAGGACGCCAAGCCCUGUGGAAGCCAGCCGUGCCCCCUGUGA